UCUCAUUCUCUCAAUCAAUCUCAUUUAAAAAAUGUUGUUUCAAAAUAGUUCAAGCUCAUAAUCUUUAGAAGAAGAUCAAAACCAAGAAAUUGAUCAAAUGAUUGACGAAAUCGUCACUCAUCAUUUACCAAACACAUUUUCCCGUCGAGGUCCUAGACGUCAAACUGUGAAUGAUGGUGAAAUGCGUAUUCUAGCGGAUAGAAACCGUGAAGAAGGGCAUAACCGGUUGUUUAACGAUUACUUUGCGGUUAAUCCAGUGUAUUCAGAAAAGCAGCUUCGUCGAAGGUUUCGAAUGAGAAGACCAUUAUUUUGUCGAAUCAUGAACAAAGUGGUUGAAAACGAUAUUUUCAUGCAGCAAAGACGAAAUGCUGCUGGCAAGCUAGGGUUAUCAGGAUUGCAAAAAUGCACUGCAGCUAUCAGAAUGCUUGCGUAUGGUCUGGCUCCGGAUGGGGUUGAUGAAUAUGUAAGAAUGGGUCAAACAACUUCAAGAAAGUCAUUAUUGCAUUUCACUCAAGGGGUGAUCAAGCAUUUUGCAGAGGAGUACCUAAGAAGUCCUACAGAUGAAGACUUAAGAAGGAUCCUUUAUCAAAAUGAAAUGCGCGGAUUUCCUGGCAUGAUCGGAAGUAUUGAUUGCAUGCAUUGGGAGUGGAAGAACUUCCCUAAUGCCUGGAAAGGUCAAUACCAGGGACGUAGCGGGAAUGCUAGCCUCAUUCUUGAAGCUGUUGCAGAUCAAGAUCUAUGGAUUUGGCAUUCAUUUUUUGGUAUCCCUGGUUCAUGCAAUGACCUUAAUGUUCUUUAUCGUUCACCUGUGUUUGAUGAUGUUUUGCAAGGUACGGCCCCUCCUCUAAAUUUUCAAGUGAAUGGAAAUGAAUACAACAUGGGGUAUUACCUAACAGAUGGUAUUUAUCCAAAUUGGGCUACGUUUAUCCAAGGAUUUACUCGUCCUCAACUUCAAAAGCAUAAGCUAUUUGCUGAUAGACAAGUCCAUGUUCGGAAGGAUGUUGAACGUGCGUUUGGAGUUUUACAAGCGAGUUGAGGAUGAACGAGACAUGUAUAUCCGAGCUGAUGUGUUAAGAAGGUACUAUGAACAAGACCUUUCGAGCUCCAGCGCAACGGUGAAUAAUGGUGAACCUUUCGAGUUCCAAGCUGGUCAUCCCGUCAACAUUAACGAUUACUUGGGGAGAAGAGUAGCAAUGCGUAACCGUCAAACUCACCAGUCUCUGAAAGAUGAUUUAAUCGAACAUAAUUGGCAAAAAUAUGGACCCAAUAAUCAUUAAACUCUUGUGUCGAGUUAAGAUUUGGUUUAAUAAUGUGUGAAACAUACUUUUAUUUGGCUUUAUGCUUUUUAAGUCUAUCACGGAAUAUGUUUUGGUUGUUGUAAUAUUCAAGUUAUCCAAAAUACAUUAUGC